GAAAAGUCGUAAAAGAAAACUAGAGAAUACAAGUUUUUGAAGAAAACAAUUUGAUUAAGAUGUUAAGGUUUGAGGUGAUAUCUUUCAGAGUAGGUUAAGUCACCCCUUCAACAUUCUUGUACUUUUUUAGUCUAUUUAAUUAAUAAUUUAUUGUAUUUUCUUUACAUAUUAGUAUAUUUUUAUUGUUAAGCUAAAAGGCCAUGAAACUAUGCAAUAUAAUACAAUAAUUUUAGGUGAUACAAAGUGUGGCUGGAUGUGUGACAAAUACAGCCUAUCAUCAUCAAUCAUCCUUUACAAAAGUUGAUACAUGAAUCUUAUACACAUUACUUACACCCUAUCAUUUGCUGUCUCUACCCAAAAAGGAGAAAUGGACCUAACAACUACACUCAUUCAUAAUUCUAGAGGUGAGGAAAUAAGGCACGAUUGUUUAUGUAUGAACCACCAUGGCUACAUUUGACAAACAAGAAAGUGAGAAAAUUGGCAAGAAGUUUCCUUGUAAUUAGACCAAAACAUUUAAAAAGGAAUAUUGUUGGAAAUUUAAAGGAGUACAAGUUGUCAUCUAUUCACACCAUACAAAGGAAUUUCGGUUUCACUCGAUGCAACAAGAAAUAACAAAAAUGAGAUACUUCUUGCAGAAGACUUUAGCGCUUUUGUGGAUUGAGUUUGUUCACAUAUACUGAUCAGAUUUACGAUUUGCUCAAUCAACCGCACCAUAUACAUACCUCUGUGGCACCUUCCAAAUGUCGGAACCACCAUGACCACCGGAUGGAACCAAAAAAAAAAGAAAAAACACAACUAGAAUUUCGAUUAGGCGUGUGGAAUCGACUGGAAUUGCACAAGGUCCGAAACUCACGUGGAAAUCGGGGGGCUAGAAAGAGAACAACAACAACAACAAUCACCCUCAUCGAGGCAGCUACCCAUACCAUCUGCAUUCCACUUGUAUUUGCGGAGAUAAGACGCGCUGGUUGAGCCGUCCCCUGACAGGUGCAGCCAGUUCAUGUGGUCCCAGGUGACUAACUAUGUUGCCAAACUAUCUGGCUUCUCUUGAUCAUUCCUUCCCAGUGGGUACCCGUGUUUACGACACACCCACGGGGUUUCCUGAGUCACUGACUACUGUAUUUUGACAUCAUUAGAACCCAAACUCCUCAACUUAUUAAUUCAUUAAGGUUGAGGCGCGCUCUUUAAGCGCUCCUUCAGUUUACCAAGGGUAGAAUUUCGGUCCAACCCGAAAUCCAACCCACCCUUUAUUGCCACUUCUUUUUAUGAUUCCCGUUGAUGGGUUCACUCAUUACAAGAAUGAAUUAUUUUUAUUUUAGGUUACCGUUUGAGUCGGGUCCCAAUCCCACAACGGCCGGAUCCGACUCCAAAACCCCUCUUUAUAAAUCCAACCCGAACCCUUCUCAUCUUCAACCCACAAUCUCAGAGCCCUUUUCUCUUCUGCUCUCGUUUCUCUCCCGGCUGUUCAUCUCCAGCUAAAAAACCCCCUUCGAACCUCCAUUUUCUUUCUCAAACCAAAAAAUGGCCCAAGUGAGCUUUUCGAAGGCAGCUGCCCUCUCCAUGUUCCUACUGGUGGCGUCUCUGUUCGCCAUCGUCUCCGGACAGGAGGAAAUGGCCCCUGCUCCCUCGCCGUCGCUGGUCACCGGCGCUGGGUUCUCCGUUCCGGUGUCCGGCGCCGUUGUGGUGUGCUCUCUGGCCGUGUCGAUUGUGGGUCUGUUGAAGAUGUAGAGAGGGAUUCUUCUCUUUUCCCCUGCUUUCUUCAUUGAUUGAUUCAUUUAUCAUUCUUUCUUCCUCUGUCCCCUGUUCUUUUCUAUGUUCUGGUUUUGGGUCCAUAUUGGAUAAUGGAUAUGUAACAGUUGGGAGACGCAUUAUUGUCGAAUUCGUUGAUCCUAUAUAUUAAUAUGAAUAUGAUGAUUCAUUCGUUGGAUGGCUUCAGUUUAGCUGUUCUUAUUAGUUUCCUAAUUUGAUACAUCACUCAUUUGAUUGCUAAAUAGAACAAUUGAUUCAUUCGAAAAAAGAAAAAAAGAAAAAGACAAUUGACAUUGGAAACGUGAAAUAAACGCGUAAAAUCUCUAGUGUAACUUGUGACAGCUGAGAUAAUGUAGAACCCAAAUUAUGCGAUGAUAAUUUAAUACAUACGAACAGUUGUAUCGAUAAUAAAUUUAUGAGAUGUAGCUUAACCGACAUAAGGACAUUUGUUUACGGGUUGUUUGGAUGCAUCAAUUUGGUUCUAUGGUAUUUCGAAUCCAAAUGAUGCAUUAUUUUGCUAUGUGGCAUUUCAUGUGGUAUUUCAUUUUGAGAUGUGGUAAUUGGUGUAAUUGUCUUGUUUGGAUAAAACAUUCAAAUAUUGUGGUAUUUCACCACUCAAAGAAGGGAUGAAGUGGAAAAAGAAGUUGGGAGAUGAGGUAUUUGAAAUAACUAGGGGGUGGGUAGGUAUUUCAAUUGACUCAUGGACAAAAUACCACAUUCUACUUUAUUUUUGCCAAACGAGUUAUUUUGAUUAAAAUACCUCAUUCUGAGUUAUUUCGACCAAAUUACCUCAUCAAAAUACUGCAUACAAACGACCCGUUAGUCUAUUUUGAAGUUAAUUUUAGGAGAGAAAAAAGUUUGAUGGAGAAAAAACACCGUCCAUCAUCAUCCUUGAAAAACUUGAUACAUGAACCUUAACACAUUGCACCCCAUCACUCGCUGUACAUGACAAUAAGUUGCACCCAACAAUUAAACAUUAAGAAAUCCACAAAUUAGAAAAUUGUAUAAUAUAAUUUAUUUAAUAUAAAAUAAUAGAAUCACUAUUAUAAUAGAACAGAAUGUAACAUAAUAAAUUACCCAUGUAUUAAAAAUUGGAAAGGAUCUAGUACAAAACUCAAACUUACAAAAUUAUAUAUCUUAACCAGUUUUUAUAUGAAUCUACCGUCAUUUCUAGUGGUAAGAUGCAAGAUUUUGUAGAUAUGAGUCAUACAGAAACUCGAUGUUUAAAAUUAGAGCUAACAAUUCAUACAAAGGAAAAACUACCGUAAAUCUAAUUGCUUAAACUAUCACGUUUUCUAUAUACUAGUGUGGGCCCCGGCCAGUUGGCCGGAGGAAGGUAGGAUGGCAAUGGGUCGGGUUGGGUCGGGUUUUGUCAAAUUCAAAUCCAAAUUCAUGGGUUUAUCCGUGAAAAAAAUUCGGGGUAAAAUCCACUCGGUUUGAAAAACUCAAACCCAACUCAACCCCCUGAGUAUCCGCGGGUUCAUGGGUACCCACAGGUUUUUGUCUUAAAAAAUUUACAAUAACAAGUUUCUAUCAAAAUUAAAGUCAAAUAUCAAUCUCUCAAUACAAAUUAUCCAUAUAUAAAAUACCAUUCUAGAAAAUUCAAGCAAAUAACAAAUUAUCCAUAAAAUAACAUGAUUAAUUGAAAGCUUCUUCCUUUCAAUUAAGUUUCUUCACUCUCCACUCGAUAACAUCAACUUCAUUCUACACAAUUAGAAAGAAAAAAUUAGACAGGUCUCCACAAACAUAAAUAAGAUAAGUUGUUUAGAAUAUUAAAUAUAUCGAGAAAAUUAAUUAUAUGGGUGUGGGCGGGUACCCAUGGGUCGGGUUUACCUAAACCCAAACCCAAUCCAACCCGAUGAAUAUUGAAUGGGUUUAAACCCAAAAUCGGCCCAAAACCCGUCAACACGGAUUUUACCCGCGUUGACCGAUUUGGGUCGGGUGGGUACCCGUGGGUUCGGGUUUUGUUUCCAUCCCUAGAGGAAGGUGAGGUAUGAAAUUUGAUAAUGUAAUGGGGUGUAUAACUUAUUGUUGUAUAGUUUUUUUGGGAAACACGUGAUAAAAAUAGUGAAUUUUAGCAGGAAAGAGACAUUAAUGAUGCAACAAAUCAAAAAUCGGCCUUAUGAACCAAAAUCAAGUACAUGUUACCUUGUGAAACAAUAUUGUUUCUGGUAAUAUGAUGAGGUGGAGUAAGUUUUAUAGAAACUGAAUUCCAUAAAAUCGAAUAAAAAAUCGCCUAUCCCGUCGGUUUUCGGGAAAUGAGCAUCUUACAAUAGUUGCUAGCUUUUACUCGGCCCGUUGGCCGAUUAAUUUGGUUUAUAAAACUUUCAUCUUGUCGUCAUUGUGCUUUCUGGUUUUUUUCAGGCUAUGAUAAAAUCUAAGGAAAUCAAGAACUAACAACACGAUUUGGGAUAGGAACCGUUGUUGUCGUAUCCCUAGAAAAUGGUGGUAAACACGGACUCACCUGCCAAACUGGUUUGGAUUGAGAUUUUUAUCGGGUAUCAGGGAACCAUGUGAUUAUAAAUUAGACUUGAUCAAAAGGGGCCAAAACUUGAAAUGCAUCCUGUUUGACAGACCCAUGCCAAAUUCUAAUUAUUCUUUACUUUUAAACUUUUUAUUUGAAAAUAAAAAAUAGUGAAGGAAAAGAGAUGACUGCCAUUUGCACAUCACUUAUUCGGGAAUAAAACCAUAGAAAUUCAAAAGGAACUGAAAAUGUUAGGAUCGUUUUAAUGUUUAAAAUAACCAAAUAGAUCUUUCUGUUUAGUUUUUUACUAACAAAUACCAAACGAUUCCCUAUAAAAUACACUAUGAUUUGAUCAUUAUGAUAUCAAAUAAUUAUAUAAUAUAUAUUUGAAAUGAUAAAAAUUGGACUAAUUGGGUUGGUCGAGGUUGAACCGUUGAAUAACUUUAAAAUACAUUA